AUGAGUGACCAUUCACCCAAUGAAGAAGCUCCCGGCGUUGAUACGUCCGAUAACCGGACUCAGGUUCCGGCUCAGAACCUCGACACCGACACCGUCACCCAACAGCUUUCAGCUUGCCUACAAGCACCGCAAGGCCAUCCUCCUUUCAUAGCACCCGCCGGAUUCGAUGAAGCACUCUCAUCAGACCAUUCGGAACCCAUCUCAAAAGCCUUUAAGCAACGGGGAUUCUGGCCUUGGCUAGCAUAUUUCCUAGCUACCAAGAAUGGCGAUAAGCUAAACCAUCUCUUCGAAAGCCUGUCUGCUCUUCCUCCAGACAUGGUCUCUGAUAUCGCUGGGCGUGUGGCAAGCGUACCAGUGGAGCCGACUCUCGUCAUGCGAUUACAAAACACACUCUGGACUGCUAGAAGGGGAGCACAACGACGCGUUCAACUGCAACAAUUAGGCAUCCAUGACUUUCCAUCCGCACCAAUAUCUUCGCCGUUAUCUGAACCUAGCCCCCGAAAGCGACCACGUGUACAGUCAUUGAUUCAUUCUGAUAACACAACGAAUUUCUACUACCCAGCCUGUGGCAGGCCGAUUGAAGAGCCCCGGACCGUCGAAAGCCCAAACCCUUGGCCGUCUGACCCAGACCCACUACACAACUACGCAUACCCCAAUGCCAGCAAGAUACCGUUGAUCUUUGGUCCAGAGCUUGGUGACAUGAUUGUCCGGAACGACAAUUUUACUGCAUCGAUCUUCGUAUCACUUCCCCCAAACCCGGAUAGAUGCCGGCUUCUCUUGGACGUAGAGCCUGGGAUGGUUUCUCCACUCGCAAUGAAGCUCUAUGGUGCGCAAAUUAUUGAAACGGGACAGCAAAGGGCAUUCCGUCUCUCAAAUGGAGCAAUCUUGGAAAUCAUGACUACUAUAAGACUUACGAAUACCAAGUUAAGUCGAUGGGAGGAAUUGCUAGGACCUCUGGCUGUUGGGCUGCGAAAUGCUCAAGACCCGAAUGAGUCUGAUCAUGGACCCGAUGGCCCUCGAUGA